CUGUAAUGUAGUCGGGGGCGGUCUUGGAGGAAAUGGGUAGCACAUAUAAAUCGCUGAAUCAAGUCGUGUGCUAUCGUAAGUGAAUCCUCACUAGCAACUCCAUCUCCAGCGCAAAAGCAUCUUCCACCUAAGCCCACGAGAAAUCAAACUUCUACACUCGAAGCCGCCAAUACCACCCAGACAUACUUUACAAAUCAAAAUCCAGCACCACGCCUACAACCAAAAUGUACCACCUCGCCCUCCUCCUCACAACCGCCGCCUUCGUCUCCGCCUCCCCUUACGCCCUCCCCUCGCCUCCUCGAACCCUCAACGCCCGUCAAACUACCACUGUCGACGCCUCUCAACUGGCCCAAGUAGCCAGCAAUAUUCAAAGCAGCAACGCCGCCAUCCAGGUCACGGGCACCGACAUCGUCUCCCAAGUCAACUCGCUGCUAUCGAGCGGAUUCGCCGUCGAUGGAGUCGCCGGGCUCCUGAGUAACACGCAGCAGGACCUGGUGGGACUAAGCGACAGCCUUAGCCGCUUGGCUGAGGCUUUGAACUCAGCAGGGGGAUCAUUUUCGGAUGCGGAGGAGAAUGCGGCGGGGCAGUUUGGGGGGAAGAUUUAGCGAGCUAAGAGGGACGGGGCAAAGGUAUAGAGGUAGGGAGGUAGCAUCAUGGCGACCGUUACCCCGAGCGGGUUUGGUGGGAAAGUAGCUUUUCUCCCUUCUCUGGUUCUGCGCUGGCCGU